ACGCCCAUACACCGAACACCAACCUCUUGCUCUCCAUCUGUUCUGAAUGGCCAGCAGUGUAUGACAGCAAAUGGCCACGAAAAGCUACACGGGAACGCUGCGACUAAAGGUAUUAGAGGCCUCAAAUUUGAAGCCGCCAACUCUGCCCGGCGGCAUCGUCUUGUCCGGCGUCGAACCGUACGCCGUCGUGAGCGUAGACAACAUUUUCUUCGGUCAGACGAAAGGCAAGGAGAAGACAUUCAGCCCUGUAUGGAACGAGGAGUUUGAAGCGGAGCUAUUCCGAGGAGAAGAGCUUCAAGUGGCUCUCUUCCACAACGCUCUGGUUGGCAGUGACCCUUUCGUGGCCAGCGUUCGCGUUGCUCUUGAACACGUUCUGGAUGGCGGCAAUGCCAGCGUACACGACUUCUGGUUGGAACUCGAACCGGCUGGAAAACUGCACUUUGCAGUGUCCUUCAAGGAUGCGCCAUCACAGGGUUCGACGAGAGUUUUCAAGCAGAGUGAGUUGGGCUUGAUGAAGAAGCGUCAGGGAGCGAUGAGAAGAAAGAUUCACAUCGUCAAUGGUCACAAGUUCAUGGCGACUUUUCUCAGACAGCCGACGUAUUGCGCGCAUUGUAGUGAGUUUAUAUGGGGAGUUAUGGGAAAGCAAGGAUACCAGUGUCAAGUCUGUUUGCUUGUUGUUCACAAGAGAUGCCACCAACUUGUUGUCACAUCAUGUGCUGGUCAAGCACAAGAACCAACUGAAGAAGAGAUAGAGGCUGCAGGAAUGAGGUUCAAGAUCAAUGUUCCUCAUAAGUUUGCAGUGCAUAAUUAUAAGCGGUUUACAUUUUGUGAUCACUGUGGAUCCAUGCUCUACGGACUUUUUCGUCAAGGGCUGCAGUGUGAGGCCUGCAAGAUGAAUGUACACAAACGCUGUGAACGUAACGUUUCCAACAGUUGUGGCAUUGAUCAAAAGAUGUUAGCACAAGUGUUGGGAGAAUUAGGUCAAUCAGCUAAUAAACUCACUCAAUCAUCAACUAGAAAGAGACCCUCAAUUACGACAGAGAAAUUAGUUCCAGGAAAGGAAACUUCAGAUGUAAUCACAAAUUCAGACAAACAAGUCCAGCCACCUGCACGGGCUCCACCAUCUCGUCCUGCACCAGCAAGGCCCUCGUUUUCUUCGAGCAAGAAGGAUUCGAAAGUGAAACUAGACAACUUUACAUUUCUGAAGAUGUUAGGAAAAGGCAGUUUUGGAAAGGUUCUGUUGGCUGAGCACAAGUCAACUAAGGAAGUGUAUGCCGUCAAAGUAUUAAAGAAAUCAGUGAUAUCACAAGAUGAUGAUAUCGAGUGUAUUUUGACUGAGAAACGAGUGCUAGCCUUGGCUUCGAGGCAUCCUUUUUUGACGGCAUUACAUACCUGCUUCCAAACAAAGGAAUGUCUCUACUUUGUGAUGGAGUAUGUCAACGGUGGUGACCUCAUGUUUCAAAUACAACGAGCACGGAAGUUUGAUGAAGCAAGAUCACGGUUCUACAGUGCUGAAAUUGUGUCAGCAUUGCUCUUUUUGCAUAACCAAGGCAUUAUAUACCGGGAUUUGAAAUUAGACAAUGUUUUGUUGGAUUCUGAGGGUCAUGUAAAGGUAGCUGACUUUGGAAUGUGCAAGGAGAAUAUAACAGAUGGAAAUACGACUAACACUUUCUGUGGAACUCCUGACUACAUUGCACCAGAGAUUUUAAAAGAACAAAACUAUGGGGCAUCUGUUGACUGGUGGGCAUUGGGAGUUCUAAUGUAUGAAAUGAUGGCAGGACAGCCACCAUUUGAGGCUGACAAUGAAGAUGAUUUGUUUGAUUCUAUUCUCAAAGAUGAUGUGCUGUAUCCUGUAUGGUUGUCUAGAGAAGCUGCAUCAAUACUUCGUGGGUUUUUGACCAAGUCAACAACGAAGCGGUUAGGUUGCCAGCCUGGAGCUGGGGAGAAAGCUAUCAAGACACAUCCAUUUUUCCGAUCCAUUGAUUGGAUUGCAUUAGAUGCCAAGCAAAUUAAGCCACCUUUUAAACCACGAGUGAAAAACAAGCGUGAUGUAGACAAUUUUGACACAGACUUCACUCAGGAGAAGCCUGUUAUAACUCCAACAUCUAAGGAAGACAUGGCAUGUGUCAACCAAGAUGACUUUGCAAAUUUCAGCUUCACGAAUUCCGCCUUCCAAUACCAUUAACUUUACUUCUGGAACCUUUUAUAUCACUGAGAGAUAGUGACACAUUAGUGUAUCCAGUUUACUAUGCUUAUCUGUUUUGCUACCACGAUGGCUGUUGCUUCUGUAACUGGUUAUGUAGAUUCUUUCUUGCUUACCUUAUAAUUUAUGUGCUUAAUUAUAUGCUACUUAUCAAAUUCAAGUAGGUAGUCAUUUUAGUCAUUUUAGUCAUUUAGAACUAGAGGACGAAUAAAGUACAGUUGUUGAAAAUGGUACAGAGGAAUCAUGAAU